UUCUUUCUCUUGUGCUUUUUUCAAGCUCACUCACUCCUUUUGCCCACUUUCUUUACCUGCUUUGCUUGAAACCCAAGUAAUCACCGGUCAAAUAGAAGGAUCAGUUUUUUCUUUUCUUUUCAAGAUCAGACGGUGGUUAGUUGAGGGGGGAAAUAUGAGCUGCAACGGUUGCCGAGUGCUCCGAAAAGGGUGCAGGGAGACAUGUGUGUUACGGUCAAGCUUACGUUGGAUCGAAUCCCCCGAAGCCCAAGGCAACGCCACCUUAUUUCUCGCCAAGUUUUUCGGCCGUAGUGACUUACUUUCUCUUAUCUCUUCUGUACCUGAAUCCCAACGCCCUGCUUUGUUUCAGUCUUUAUUGUUCGAGGCAUGUGGUCGUACCGUGAAUCCGGUGAACGGAGCGGUAGGGCUGUUAUCCAGUGGGAACUGGCAUAUCUGUCAGGCGGCGGUGGAUACGGUUCUUCGAGGCGGAUCCUUACGGCCUGUUUCGGAGAUUUCAGCCGGAGUUUGGAGGCCAAGUUGCGACGAGUCAUCUGAUCGUUUCUGUGGCGACGAGUCGUACCACUUCCCAAGCCGCUACGCCGAGUCCAAUCCUUUGAUGAGGAUGAUGAUGAUGGACAAUCAAUCGGCUUCGGCGGCGUCGGAUCUAAGCCUCUCUUUGACGACGACUAAGUCCGGUAACGGAAGACGUGCCGGAAGGCGAUACGAAGAAGAAAAGAAGAAAGCAAAAACGAUGUCGAUGUACUCGGAGGAAUCAGAGAUAACUGCUUCCGAAAGCAACGAAUAUGAAGGAAGGCAAGAGAGAAAGAUUUUGAAACUCUUCGUUUGAGUAAACGUAAGACUUGAAAAACGAAAAAAAAGCGGUCUUUUUUGAUAAGCCGGCGAUCUUGUAGUGAAUAAUGAAGAGAAAAUAAUAAAGAAAACUUAUUUUAUUUAA